AUGACAGAUCAACCAACCCCUAGACUGGACUUUGCAUGGGCAAUGAUGAAGAUGCCAGUGCUUAAUGUUUUGGCUGAAUCUCAAGAUGCAGUGACUAUUAAACUUCUUGCCUAUGCUAAUUUGAGUCUAUAUAUAAAGACCUUGAGGGUUUUCAAUAAGAUUGAUUUCAUCAAGGAGGAGCUUGAAAAGGCUUGUCCAGGGGUAGUUUCAUGUGCUGAUAUUGUUUCUAUUGCCACAAGAGAUGGCAUUAUGCUGAUUGGCUAUGAAUUCAUACAAAAACACCUCUCUGACCUCAAGGGGACAGGGCAGCCAAACCCAACUAUAACUCUUGAUUUCCUCACUGAGAAGAGAAUGAGGUGCCAAGACAGUAAUAGGACCACCACUCAGCCUUCUUCUUCAUCCAUGGCUUCAUUGGAAAUUAGUGAAUCUGCAGUGGAGGAUGUCAUAUUUGCAGGCUUUGUCAUCUUCAAUAUCAUCUGGGGUGAUGUUGAAGAUGUCAGGUUUGACUUACCUGCACAAACCAUCACCCCAAAGAUUCAGAAAGAUCUGCAUUUACUGAAGUUGAGAAGUGCCAUUGAUCUGAAGAGGCACUACAAGAAGGGUGAUUCAAAAUCCAAAACAUUGCCAAGUAUUUCCUGGAAGCGCAAGGUUCGAGAGAUAGAAGAAAAGAAUCAACUAGGGGGGAAUGAGAAAUGGAAGAUAAAAGGUCAGCAGUCGCAGAAGCGUGCAAAGCAAAGAAGGCACUGA